AUGCGAUUUAUGUCACCCCUGAUGCCGUUGGAAACCUGGGGCCAGCAGUGUGAGACGGUCAUAAAGCAACUCAAAAAUCAGUUAAUCGUUGAACUCCAGGCUUCCGAAAGUUGGCCCUUUCCUUCUGCCCAAACUAUCUGGUACAUCACCUUCUGUCGGCUGAGCAACCGCUGGUGUCGCGUGAUGCAAGUAUCCAGCGGUCGUCUCACCGGCUACAAGGCUUAUGGAAAAGCUCGCUUCCUGAAGACUAACUCCUCCAUGAUCAUUAUGGGGCGUUUCAAACUGGAUGUACCUGGGCAACGAGGGCGGCCUGAUUUCUGCCUUUAUCUGACCACUCAAGUGGAUCAAGAGGAAGCUCACAGAGGUCUAAUCAUGUCUGGUUCACUGGAACGUGGCCAAAGAAAAACAACUGUUUGGGAACCAACUCAUUAUGUCUUCGUGCGGCGGUUGGAAAGCUAA